AGAAGUCAGCGGGUUGGUUGGGUCUGUGUUUACAGCUCUCCUGGAUGCUGCUCGCUGCCGAUGUUCCUUUGGAAAGUGCAAUGCCGUGCCAAACGCCAGUGACUUAAUAAAACGGUGGAGAUAAAGGUGAUUUUGCUCAUCAUCUCCCUCCACCUCCUCCUCCUGUCUUCCAUUCAUGAGCAGCAGGGUCGAUAUUAGAAGUAGCAGCCAUGGAUGACAAGGGCUCUGUGGGGAAGAUUAGCGUGUCUUCAGACUCAGUGUCCACUCUCAACAGUGAGGACUUUGUCCUCGUGUCCCGGCUGGGGGACGAGACCCCUUCGUCCACCAAUAAUGGUAGCGAUGACGAAAAGACGGGACUGAAGGUGAUUUCAGAGGAAGGGGUCAGCUUUAAGAUUGUGGGGAAUGGGAGUGAGCAGCAGCUUCAAAGGGAGUUGGAGGACGUCCUCAUGGAUCCAUCUGUGGCAGAGGCCGGUCUUGGUUCAGGAGAAGGAAUGAGCGACCUUGGCGCUACUGACCAUGGUGUUCCUUCGAACACGAUGUCACCUGUGCUGGCAGGCACCGACCCACUGAGUUCCACGUCACCCACACUGGAGAUGGUGCUCCCCGUUCAGACCGCUCAAGAGAGUGAGCUGAAUGAGAGGUCCUACAGAGCAGAUGAGUCCUCAUCAGAAGGAAGUCCUUGCAGUCCAAUUCCAGAUGAGGACAGUGUGGUGUUCAGCCAGCUAACAUAUCUGGGGUGUGCCUCUGUCAAUGCCCCCAGGAGUGAAGUAGAGGCCCUUCGUAUGAUGAGUAUCCUCCGAGGGCAGUGUCAGCUCCCCCUGGAUGUCACACUUUCAGUGCCAGGAGUCUCUGAAGGCACCGUCAGGUUGUUGGACCCGCACAACAACACAGAAAUAGCCAAUUACCCCAUUUAUAAGAUUCUGUUCUGUGUGAGAGGCCACGAUGGCACACCAGAGAGCGACUGCUUUGCCUUCACAGAGAGCCACCACAACGCAGAAAUCUUCAGGAUCCACGUGUUCCGCUGUCAAAUUCGAGAGGCAGUGAGCCGGAUACUGUACAGCUUCGCCACAGCCUUUCGGAGGUCAGCCAAGAAGGUGCUGCUGUCUUCUCAGCAGAAUGCCCCGCUCACACCAGACAGCGACUUGUUUACCUUCACUGUCAGUCUGGAGAUCAGGGAGGAUGAUGGGAAGGGUACUUUCAGUGCUGUUGCAAAAGACAAGGACAAACAAAGCUUCAAGCUUCGGGCUGGACUGGACAAGAAAAUAGUUAUUUACGUUCAGCAGACCUCCAACAAGGAGCUGGCAAUCGAGAGAUGUUUUGGACUCCUGCUCAGCCCGGGGAGAAAUGUCAAGAACAGCGACAUGCACCUGCUGGACCUGGAGUCAAUGGGAAAAAGCUCAGAUGGGAAGUCUUACAUCAUCACAGGAAGCUGGAACCCCAACACGCCUCAGUUUCAGGCUGUGAACGAGGAAACGCCCAAAGAUAAGUUCAUGUACAUGACGACUGCAGUGGAUCUGGUGAUAACUGAGGUGGAGGAACCGGUCCGUUUUCUGCUGGAGACGAGGGUCAGAGUGUGUUCUCCAAACGACAGGCUCUUCUGGCCCUUUAGCAAGCGUAGCUACACUGAGACCUUCUACCUUAAACUACGACAGAUGGAGCGAAAAGAACGAAAGAGUCCUUCCUCUGACACACUUUAUGAGGUGGUGAGUUUGGAAAGUGAGACGGAGAGAGAAAAAAGAAAAACCACAGCUAGUCCUAGCAUCCUCUCUUCUGGGCCCGGCACCAUGGCUCCUUCGCCACCCGAGGAUGAUGAAGAGGAAGAUAACGACGAGCCAUUACUCAGUGGAUCUGGGGACGUUUCAAAGGAGUGUGCAGAGAAGAUCCUGGAGACGUGGGGAGACUUGUUGUCCAAAUGGCACAUGAACCUGUCGGUGCGACCGAAACAGCUGCCAGCUUUGGUGCGGAGCGGCAUCCCUGAGGCACUCCGUGGGGAGGUGUGGCAGCUCCUGGCAGGUUGCCAUAACAACGACCACCUGGUAGAAGAAUACCGAACUCUCAUCACAAAGGAAUCUCCUCAGGACAGUGCAAUCACCAGGGACAUAAACAGGACGUUCCCCGCUCAUGACUAUUUCAAAGACACUGGUGGAGAUGGGCAAGAUUCGCUCUACAAGAUCUGCAAGGCUUACUCUGUUUAUGAUCAGGAGAUUGGCUACUGCCAGGGACAGUCCUUCCUGGCUGCAGUGCUGCUGCUACACAUGCCAGAGGAGCAAGCUUUCAGUGUUCUGGUGAAGAUCAUGUUUGAUUAUGGGCUCAGGGACCUGUUCAAACAGAACUUUGAAGAUCUGCACUGCAAGUUCUUCCAACUUGAAAGACUCAUGCAGGAGUACAUACCAGAUCUGUACAACCAUUUCCUGAAUGUGGGUCUGGAGGCUCAUAUGUAUGCUUCCCAGUGGUUCCUAACCCUCUUCACAGCCAAGUUUCCUCUUUACAUGGUCUUCCAUAUUAUCGACCUGCUACUGUGUGAGGGUAUAAGUGUGAUCUUCAAUGUAGCCUUGGCCCUUUUGAAGACAUCAAAAGAUGAUCUACUGCAGACGGACUUUGAGGGUGCUCUCAAAUUCUUUCGCGUCCCCGUCCCAAAGCGGUACCGCUCAGAAGAAAAUGCCAAGAAGCUAAUGGAGCUGGCCUGUAGCAUGAAGAUAAGUCAGAAAAAGCUGAAGAAAUUUGAGAGGGAAUACCACACCAUACGGGAGCAGCAGGAGCAACAAGAAGCCCCCAUCGAGAGAUAUGAGCGGGAGAAUCGUCGGUUACAAGAGGCCAACAUGCGUUUGGAGCAGGAGAACGAUGACUUGGCACACGAACUAGUUAGCAGCAAGAUAGCUCUUCGGAAAGAUCUGGACAAUGCUGAAGAAAAGGCAGAUGCACUGAAUAAAGAGCUGCUACUGACCAAACAGAAGCUGAUUGAAUCUGAAGAUGAGAAGAGACGUCUGGAAGAAGAGUCUGCACAGUUGAAAGAAAUGUGUCGAAGGGAGCUUGAUAAGUCGGAGUCGGAGAUAAAGAAGAACGGUUCUAUUAUUGGAGAAUAUAAACAGAUCUGCUCUCAGCUGAGUGAACGACUGGAGAAGCAACAGACGGCUUCUCGAGGAGAACUGGAGAAAAUCAGAUCCAAAGUUGAAGGCUGUGAGAAGUGCAGCAGUCUUUUCAACAAAGAGGGCCGUGUGCGAACUGCUGUGACCACGGCGCCUGCAGACGGGACGGAGGAGACUGAUGAGGAGAAGGAGGAGCUGAAGAACCAGCUGAGGGAGAUGGAGCUGGAGCUGGCCCAGACCAAACUGCAGCUGGUAGAGGCCGAGUGCAAGAUCCAGGACCUGGAGCAUCAUUUGGGUCUGGCUCUCAACGAGGUGCAGGCCGCCAAAAAGACCUGGUUCAACCGAACGCUCAGCUCCAUCAAAACGGUCACCGGCACCCAGGGCAAAGAGACCACUUAAUAACUUGAUAAACCUUCAUCCAUCCCGUUUUAACAAUACCACACCUGGAGUUCAAGCAUCCAGACCCCUCCCCUCCCUGAAAUGUAACGCACACGGCCAUAACUUUAACACGAACAUUAACCGUUUAAACUAGAGGAUCUCCUCUGUGACUGACUGUGUUACUUGUUUCCUCAUAUCAGAGAGUUUUAUGUUUGUUUCCUGACUCCCCAAAAGCAAACCUUCUAACAUUCAUCUGAGCAGUGCAGCGAUAAGCCCCUCCCCCGACAGAGACCAUGCGCUUCCACCGCUCACAGGAGGAGAGAUGCUUUAUCGAGGAUCGUCUGCGUUCUGCUGAAAAGAAAAACUCCACAGAGGGGGACGCAAUGACAUCAGGACUGUACAUUCGCGCUCUCUUUUGUCUGAACUACUGGCACAAAAACAAGUCCCUGUGCAUCUUUCUUUUGUUCUGUCCGUUUUAGGUACGAGCGCUUGUUGACGCCUUUUCAGAACUAAGCUUUUUUUUUUUAUUUUGGUUGAAUGUUGGCGUGUGUGCUAAUGUAGCGUCUGAUUGUUAUAUGUGUUUGUUCAUGUUUGUAAGUCUGGAGAAAAACUUUGAAAGCAUGAAUAAUUGGUGCGUGUGUGAGCAGAGUGUUUGUGGAAGUGCGGCGGAAAGAAAAGCACUAAGGUCAUGAGUGUGCAUGCUUGUCAGGUCGUCUCGUGUUUAAUGUUCAAACGUGUACAUAAAAACUGGUAGAAAGUAAAGUUCGUUGACAAGGCCUUGAACUGAAGGUUGAUACUGAGGGAACGGCUGUGAGUAUAGAUAAUAUACAUAAUAUACAUGAAUAUGUAAUUUAUGGAAACUAAAUGGGCGACUGCAGCUUAAAUCUCUAAAUAAAAAUACACUCUUAAGCUUUGUUUGGUUUAGAUCUUCCAGCACAAAGAAAAAAAACCUUUAAAAAAAGAUCAAAACUAAAAAACAUGCACAGUUUGUUUAAUGAAUUUGGGUAAUCAACUGUCCACAGUCAGAGUGGACAUAACAGACAGAUAUUUAUAAAUCCUGCGGUCUUUAAACACACCACUAAUCCCACUUUAUCCCUUCCCACAUGUGGUGCUCAGACGGUUUAGUGCUGUCUGACAUGGUCCUCUUAAAUGCUUUAUUAUAGCAGGUAGCUCUCUAUGCUGGUCAGACGUUUACAUUCACACUUUAUUGACUCACAUUCUUUUUAUAUAUUUUGGGCUUUUAAAUACGCAUCAGAGACAGAUUUAGUAAAUUUUUUGUGAGGGUAAAAAGAAAUUGGACCUUUUAAAACAUGAAUGGGGUGCACAAAUUUGUUUAUCUAACCAAAAUAGGCUCCAAAUUAUAAAAACAAUAUGAUGUUAAAUGUCCCACGAGCUUUUAUUACCAAUCGAUUUCUCGCUCCUCCAUUCUGGGUGGAUAUUUUGCAGCUUUUUUUGGUGAAAACUAUCAAAUUCGUUGAGUUUUGGGGUCUUGUUAGUGGUUAAAUGUAUCUUUUCUCUUCUAAAAAGGAGUAUUUGUAUUUAGUAUAUUAGUUGGAACAUCCAAUGGGAAACAUUUGGGGAAGAAAUUUCCCCCAAUGAAUCAGUACAAAUGGUUUCAAGGCAGACUCCCAGGAUGAUACUGCCACCACCAUGUAUAACAUUUUGGCGGAGGGAUCUUUGGUUCAUAAGCCUUUCCAUGGAAUGCCAAACAUUCCUUCUGCUAAGCUGUUCAGGUAUUUCAAUACAGAAGAAUCCUUUUGAAGUAGACUUUUGGUGCAGCUUUCAGUCUUAUUUGUUUAUUCUAAAAUAAGUACAAUUUAGGACGGCAAAUAAGUUUGUUCUGGCAUCUCAAGUUUAAAGUGGGCUAAGAUCAUCCAUUUGCCUUCAUUUGAGGUAAGAAUUGAAUCAGAUGUGUGAAACUUUCUUCCAACCAGCAAAAAAUCCAGAUUCUUGGUAAUUUGGAAUGGAAAAAACUCUCAAGUCAACCUGGAUCAUUCCUUACCUUAAUCAUAUUAGAAAUUUAGAAGUAAGCCCAAUAUCCAAAUUAGCUUUUCUAAGCGAAGAGUCAUCAAACAAUGAGCAAGAAUUAUGUCAAAAAUAUUCUCUAAAACUCUGUAAUUUAAGUGACAUUCAAAAGGUUAAAUUCAAACUUGUGCAUCCAAUUCUUGAAUUACAAUAUCUUUAUAAUUGUAUAUUCAUCCCAUCUAAAAGAGUUGAUCAAACAUAUGCCUUAAACUAGUAGAAUUGUCAAUCUGAUCUGUGUCUAUAAACUUCUCCUGACACUUAUAGCUGCACAUGUUAGUCUAGAUAUAAAGCUACCAGCAGAUCAAAUUACAUAUUGAGGCAAACAUCAAUGUUGCAGUUGUCUGUGAUUUAAGAUGAGAAUAGUUUAGGAGAAUAGGAACUGUUGUGUGUGGAUAGGGAAAGCAUUAAUAUCAACAAAACUACCAAGAAAUGUCUUUUAAUAUCUGUUUCACCACACUGAGAAGGCAGCAGCUUAAAUAUCUGUAAUACUGAUGAUUGAAUAAGACAAGGAAAAGUUUGACCCCUUAAAUCAAUAUAUCUGCAGUUAUGUCACCUUGUUUAUAAGUUUUCAUUUUUUAAAUAUCUAAUUGGAUCUUUUUUUGUUCUAGAUUCAACCUUAUUGCUUUACAGCUGUUAUCUAUAGAGCAACAGGAUGAAUACUAUUGGGUUUUUUUUUUAGCUUCAGAAGAAGAGUAAUUCUUCAUAAAACAGUUUUCUUAACAAAUUAGAGUUUCAAAUCAAAUGUUAGAAGCUACUGAAACAAUUCAAGCUCUGGUUCAAGCUAUUUGGUCCACAAACUGCUGUGAAUGUAGGACACCUGUCAGCUGGCAGAGCUCUAACUGCUGUAGGAGGGGAAUUUCACCACCAGACGCAGGAUGUAAGAUCCAGGACCAGAAAGUCAAGACGGGCCAAAGUUCAGGUCAAAAAGCUCUAAAUUUGUCCGCAGGGCAUAACUGUUCCAGAAGGAGGCUGUGUAGGUGAUUUAAUACUUUGCUGACUGGGGAAUGAAGGCUCAACGACGGUCUGGUUUCAAAUCCUGCUGAGAUUGAAGGUCCUGGUUUGUGCGCACAGAAUAAACCUUUUCUGCAAACUGUCAUAACUUGAAAAAGUGAAGUCUGAUCAGCUGGAAUCAGGUUGAGAUGUUAGAAGAUGAAACAUGUAGGGUAGCAUCCACCUAAAGGCACUGGGCUGUAAAUAAACAUUAAAAGCAUCACUAUUGAGUUUUUGUUUAUGAUUUUCUACUCUAACUAUAACUAAUGUUGCCUACCUGUACUCACCUACCUGCUGCUGUGAUACAGUUGAAUCUACAACGUUUUUUAUUGUAUUUCCGUGUCACUUUAUUUUUUUCCUUUUUUGCUCAAAGCUUCUCGAUCUCACUGCUGUUUGGAUAACUAAAUGCCAAAACAUUGCUCCGUCAACCAACAUUAUCAGCGUGUGGAAAGUGUAAUAGAGUAGACUGCAUUGUGUAUACUCCAUGAAUUUAAAUAUAAAGAUAUCAACUCAAGGAUACCGGACUGGUUUU